AGCAAACCAAUAUUAACCUGCCGGUCCUACUCUGCCGUGUUUUAACCUCUUAUUACGUACAGGUAUCAGAUUUUGUAAGGGUUCUUAAAUCAGUUUAGAAAAGUCAUGACCGGGCAUAGAUUUAUACAAUUAAAUAUUGUUUGCUGGCUAUUAACACAUACAACGGGUCCAUAAUGAUCACUUAAUGUGUACUUUCAAAAUAUUGGAACUGUAAUUAUUGAUUAUGAUUCCAUACCUGAACUGUUCUAUAAAUGUUUAUCAAUAUUUCAAUUUCACCAUUCUUUCCUUUAACAAUGGACUGACAAUAAUACAGUUCUAGUUUACGUAGCGCGUGAUUGAACUUUUUGAACGGCUUUUAUUAUUUGGUUUAUCGUCAGUCAAUGGUUUGAGUAUUCAAGAAAAAACACUAGUUAUGUUAGCCCUGCAAUUAUGUUUUAAUAAUUACACGUAAAUAUGUUUGUGGAAAAAAACAACAACAAUAACAGCAGCAACAACAAAAUGGAAAACAGUCUCUCACUUAUUUGGAAUAAAUAUUUCUUUUGCAUUUGCAUUGCAAAUCUAAGGAUAUAUCUCUACAAUGCCAGUUUAUUACUGAAAAUAUAUUUGAAUACAUCAGCAAUAUAAAGUGAAUCGGGAAUGCAGUUUACCGUUUGUUUACCAAAAUGUGAGUUCAACAUCUUAUUUUGUGAAUGAAUAAAUGACAGACUAAAUUUCUUAAUCGCUAAUUGUUUUUCACGUGCAUUUUUGGUACAUCUGAUAAUUAUUUAUCAUAAAAAGCCGAAGGUGACAGAAACCUGCAAACAUUCAAUUCCCCUUUAGCUUAAAAGUCAUGAUGAAUAUUGUGAAAUAUACUUGUUGUUAAUUUUUAUACGAUGAUGAUAAAAUAAGUCAGUUGAAACAAUAAAAAUCAUGUUUUAAGCUGCGAUGAAGACCAUAAUUACAAUGGAUUACAAACUAUUAAUCGUGAACUUUUUACUAUUUCGACUUGAAUACAUUCACUGCUCAAAUAUUACACAGGUCGAAAGUUUAUACACAAAUUUAUUCCAGAAUUAUAACAGGAAACUUUUUCCAUUAAUAAAUCACAACAAUUCAAUGGAAAUAAAUUUCACGAUAGGAAUCGUAAGUAUAAAUAAUUUCGAUGAGCUGUCUGGUGAAAUAGAACUUACAAUGUAUUUCACUUUGCAAUGGACUGAUGAAAACUUGGUAUGGACACCAUCUCAAUAUGGCGGCAAAUCGGUGUUGUUAGUAGCUCCAGAAGACAUUUGGCGACCACAACUUUAUCUUCUACAAUCAUAUGACACACUCCAGGAGAUAAGUAACAAUUCAGUCAUGGCACGAUUAUUCUCGAAUGGCCAAGUCAUGUGGAAUAUUGGAAGUGUUUUGAAAAUUGUUUGUUCUGUUGACGUGACGUAUUUUCCUUUUGAUACCCAGACAUGUUUAUUAAUGGUUUCAGGCUGGGCCUACACAAACGAGGAAGUGUUGUUUUUCGUGAAUGAUGCAAAAGUAAGUGAAGAUUAUUUUUACAACAAUAGUCAAUGGAUACUUCAGUCGGCAACGUCACAGAACUAUUAUGAUAUAAUAUCAUCAUUUCCACCGACGAUUUUUGUGAUACUACAACUACAAAGGCGAAGUGAUUUUUUUGUAGUCUACAUAAUAUUUCCAAUGGUGUUCCUUGGCCUUAUAAAUAAUCUUGUGUUUGUUAUGCCUGCAAAUUCUGGAGAGAGAACAUCAGUUGCUAUAACAACAUUUUUGUCAUUUAUUGUUUUUAUGCAAAUGAUAAAUUCGAUUGUUCCGGAGAGUUCAGAACCUAUGGCUUAUAUAUAUUAUUAUAUUCUUUUUCUAUUGGUUUAUAGCUCACUCAUUUUAUUUUUGUGUAUAUGCUCGUUAUGUAUCUAUGACAAGGACACACCAGUUCCUCCGUCCAUAGAAAAGAUGAUUUAUUGUUUUCGAUGUUGGUAUUUCAAGAAAAACAAAGACAAAGUAACACCUGAGAGGAGAGCAUCCAUUUUGUCUGAGCAAGUUGACGUAAAAAGCAUUAACGAAAAGAUAUCAUUCAGUCAACAUGUUGAUGAUACUCCUUUAGUGACUUGGAUAUUGGUUGGCAAGACAUUUGAUUUCUGCUGCUAUGUUUUUCUGUUGUUGACAUAUUUGGCGGUAACCAUUCAUACGUUCGUAAAAUUAUAUUUUAACUAGUUUCUGAAUAUCUUUUAUAUACAUUUAAUGGAGGAUAUUCGUUUGUUUGUGUGUAAGAUGAAAUUUUAUUUCAUCGAGUGGGCUUUAGAAACAGUAUUCUCACGAGUGGCGUAAGCAAGAGCGAGAAUACUGUUUUUAAAGUUCACGAGAUGAAAUAAAAUUACAUCUUACACAACAAACAAACAAACUUUCUUUUUAUUUGAUGCUCAAAAACAAGUUUAAACGAAGUUUCCUUAAUAUUAACUUAAACAUUGAAACUGGUAGUCUUUAUUAGUCAAAUUUCUCAUAAAAUACAAGAAGUCUUGGGCUGAAAAAAAUAAGUUCGACAAUCAACGUUAAAUGGCUUGAUAUUAUUCAUUUUACUCAAAACAAUAUGAAUGAUCUCUUCUUUUAAUAAUAAAAACAAACAAUACAGUAAAAGAAAAAGUUACAAUAUCCGACCUUAUUUCGUUACUUACGGCUAAUUUAUAUUAGACCUGGCUUUGUGAAAUGUAAGCGGUCGCCAUUUUUUUCGGGCUGAUGGCUGCCAUUGCUUUUCAAGUUUUCACAUUGCAUUUGGCAGUUUUUGCUGGUAGGAUACUUAAAUAUGCCCAAAUGUCACCAAGAGCAGUUUUGCAUGUGGAAGGAAUUGCAUUUUUCAGACUGAAAAGUAAGCAAAAAAUUUAAAGACGAUAUUUGGUGAUUGGUAAUUCGAAUGAAUUGAUGAAAGUUUUCUUCUUUUCAUUACUUUUGAAAUUCAAGUUGUUUAUCAAGUUAAGCUUUGCGUUUCUCAGAAUUGUCAGCAAAAAUAAAAUUGAGGUACCACAUUGGGAAAAACUUAAAAAAGUAGUUUCGUCAUUGAAAAGUGUGAAAUUAUAUUUUGAUAAUUUUCACUUUGAAAUUUUAAAAUAUAUUUUUCACGGAUAAAUCAGUAAUCGACUGAAAAGCAUAAAAUAAUAUGAACUAUUCUGAUAUAGAUUCGCAAUGCACUUAUAUCUGUAUAUACAUAGUGUUUGAUAUUACAAUGAUAAAUGAAAAUUACAUUCAUAUUUCUUAAUACAAUAGUAUAAAUAGUACAGAUUUAUACAAAUGUAUAUUUUUUAAUGUUUCUUCUGUGUAUUAUCAAAUUUCAAAAUGAAAAAUGUUAAAAUGCAAAAUAUAGAUGUUAAUAAACCUGAAUAUACAGCAUGAUUGUAUAUCGUUUUUUAAAUAUAAAUUUUGCUUAAUAUGAGUUUAAGGAGAUAAGGUGUUCAAUAAACUCACAUAUUUUGUGUUGUUUAAUAAAUAAAAGUUUUGUCAAAGGAAAAAUAUAAUAUGCAUGUGUAUAGAUAAAAUAUUUUCAACGCCAAUUCUUAUCUAAGAGCAAUUUGCAAAUGGAGAAGAUAAUUUGUCAAAUGGAAAACGCGAACAUUCUCAAUAUUCUUUUUCUAAUAUUUAUACUAUUCUGUUUUUCUCUAUUUUAUAAUAAUAAUUAUACAUAAUUUAUGGAAUGGGACAAACGAGUCAUAUUGAAGAUUUCAUGAUAACAGCCGUAUGUGGAUGUUUCUAAAAUUCAAAUUCCACCAUUUUCAUGGUCAAUGUUGAGUUCUUCUUAAGCCGGUGCUAGUGGACAUGGACGUUAACUUGCGCUUUCCAGUACCAUUCAUGAACAGGCGCAAUCAAACCGAGCCUGCAACAUUUUCAAUUUUGUCUUUUUGAAUUUUUUUUACCGAUUCCGCUUUUCUCUAUUUUAUACCACAUGUCUCUUUUCUCCAGCCAUUAUAAUUCAUCUUGUCUCCGAUGAAAAGUCAAGCUAAUAGUCAAAGUUGAAAUUAUUGAUUUAAAAAAAAUAAAGUUCCCAGGUAUGUUAGUUAAAAUUAGUGUGUGAUUCAAAGCUCUGCAAAAGAAAUAUGUACAUAUGUUAAAAAAAGCCAACAUAGAUAUAGAGAAAAAAAUAAACAUGGGGAAAACAUUUAACCGUUUUUUAGUUUUUUAAUGUUCCUUUUAUUUAACAGUUAACAAUUUCUUCAUAAGUAAAGAAUUGCGCAUUUAGAAAGAUGUAUUUCCGUUUGAACGGUUAACUGCAUGUCUUGAUUUACCUGUCCUGCUUAAUGAUGAACUGAAA